UUCCAUGUGUUGCUGGCCUUAAACACUCAUGACAUUUCGAGUUCAAGAAUCAUCCCGUUUGAAUCCGUUUUUGAUGUCUCGGAUUCUUGAGCUGUCUUGAUCCGAUGGUUUGCCGGUGUGGGACGAUAAGUGAUCAUGAAAUUUCAUUGCAAUGUCGAGAUCCAUGACAGAACGUUAUCUGUCUGCUUGCAAAGGCGAUCGCAAUCGAUCCUGGCAUUCGCUAAAAAAUCGGCCGAGAAUGAUAAUGUGCACCUGUAUCUGCAAACACGGCAGAACAAGCGAGGCAUCAAGUAUCAGAUUGUUAACAAUGUAGAACGAGUAUUUACAAAGUUUAUCGCCAAUGGCAAAGUUACAAUAAGACUGACGAAACCUUGUCACGAUCUGAUUAUUCAAAGUGACACAAUUCAAUUGAAAAGCUUCCUUCAUAUACUGAAUCAUAUGACAAAUGGACAUUCUCGGAAUUACGACAGUCUCGUGAAGCAAUACACUCUUAUGCCUGAUGUGUUUUUCAACCAAAGUGAAUUCUCCCUGGGAAAAGUCAAAGUUGUGGUAAAGAAAAAUUCUGAAUAUCCGACCUUACAUGGUUUCCCGAGAACAGCGGAGCAUCUAAUUUUAAGUGGACUGAGCAGAAAGUCAUUUGAUCGACAAAUUUUGCGCUUGCAAAGUUUACGAAUUCUGGAUCUGUCAGACAACAAGAUCUCCUACCUGCCAAAGGAGUUGGGCACCUUGCCUCAUCUACAGCAGCUUCUACUGUCGCAGAAUAAUCUCGGAAAAUCACCUAGAUUGAAGUGGGCAUGGCUAGAGCAGACUGCCAUUAAGCAUAAUUUGCAUUUCUUAGAUUUAAGUAAUAAUUCGCUGACUGAAUUGCCAGUACAAUUCAGAAAUUUGAACGCCUUGAUGCAUCUGAAGGUUAGUCAAAAUGCAUUGACGCAUCUACCACAUAAUAUCAGAGUUUUGCGAAAUCUGAGAGUUUUAGACGUGGCGAAAAAUCGUUUGUCGUAUUUACCAGUGACCAUCACGUAUCUGCGGCUACAACUUCUGGAUGUUACGGAGAAUCCGUUUAUCCGUGACAUUAAAAAUGAUAUUCAUGGCAAUGGCAGUACCACGAACGUAAGGAUGUCAAGUCUUAUUGAAUGGUCAGCUAAAAGCGUCCUGAAAUCUAGGAUAAUGUAUGAUCGAAGUACAAUACCGUAUACGUUGGUAGAAUAUUUGGAUGAAGCGAAACACUGCCACCUAUGCAAAACUGCCUGUUUUGAUUGUUAUAUAAGGAAGUUUAUACGGCCACCUCUAUCCUGUAACGAGCUAAAAAUGUCACUGGGGACAGCUUUUAAAUUUGAAUCUUAUUUCUGUUCGUUACUUUGUGCUAACAACGCUGAAAGAAAUGUUCUUUUCCUAUGAAUACAUCAAUUUGAAAUUCAUUGAUGCAGUGAACUUUUAAUAGAUAUUUUCUGUAAGUAAGACUCACAUUUUUUAUUAUUAUUUAGUUUCCUUUUGAUUUUAAAACAUGACUUUAUAAUAAUCCUCAUUCGCCUGUACAAAGUAUACAUACUUAUUGUCAGAUUUGUAUUUUUUGUAUUUAUUAUUGAUAAAUUAAUACUAACA